CUGCGCCUGCGUCUUGAGAGACGGUGGCGGCGGUGGCGGCGGCGGCGGGAGCGGUAGCGGCGGCAGUUGUAAGGGGGUUUCAGGAAGAUGGUGGUGAUUAAAGAAUUCCGUGUGGUUUUGCCAUGUUCUGUUCAGGAGUAUCAGGUUGGACAGCUUUACUCUGUCGCAGAGGCCAGCAAGAACGAGACUGGUGGUGGAGAAGGAAUCGAAGUCUUAAAGAAUGAGCCUUACGAGAAGGACGGAGAAAAGGGACAGUUUACACACAAAAUUUAUCACCUAAAGAGCAAAGUUCCUACAUUCGUGAGGAUGAUUGCUCCCGAAGGCUCCUUGGUGUUUCAUGAGAAAGCCUGGAAUUCAUAUCCCUACUGUAGAACAAUUGUAACGAAUGAAUAUAUGAAAGACGACUUCUUCAUUAAAAUUGAAACAUGGCACAAACCAGACUUGGGAACGUUAGAAAAUGUUCACGGUUUGGAUCCAAACACAUGGAAAACUGUUGAAGUUGUCCACAUAGAUAUUGCAGAUCGAAGUCAAGUUGAACCUGGAGACUACAAAGCUAAUGAAGACCCAGCAUUGUUCCAGUCAGUCAAGACCAAGAGAGGCCCUUUGGGACCCAACUGGAAGAAGGAGCUGGCAAACAACCCUGACUGUCCUCAAAUGUGCGCGUAUAAGCUGGUGACCAUCAAGUUCAAGUGGUGGGGGCUACAAAGCAAAGUGGAAAACUUCAUCCAGAAGCAAGAAAAAAGGAUAUUUACAAACUUCCAUCGCCAGCUUUUUUGUUGGAUUGACAAGUGGAUUGAUUUGACAAUGGAAGACAUUAGGAGAAUGGAAGAUGAGACUCAGAAAGAACUAGAAACAAUGCGUAAGAAGGGUUCCGUCCGAGGCACUUCGGCUGCUGAUGCCUAGAUGAGUCCCCUGUAGGGUCAGAGACAAUAUCACACUGUUUACGUAAUCAAGGUCAAGUGAGGGGAACAAGUGCAGCCAGUGACGAGUGAAGAAUCUGACCAGUGUCUUGCAGUGUUGAUGUUUCCGACGCGCGCUUGUGAUCACACACACACGCACACGCACAGGUUCCCAGCCACGUGUGUAUAUGUGUGUGUGUGUUUGUAGCUGUAUAUAGAAGGCAUGUAGAGCUGCAGAUCCAGAUACACACGUGUGUGUAUAUAUGUACAUACAGACAUACUGAGGGAUUAGUACAAUUUCUCCAAAGUACUGUACCUAUCUUGAGCAAGAAUGCAAAAGAAAAUAUUUUCAAUAUAUAUACCUGGAACAGAUUUUAAUAAUUAUCAGAGUAAUACCAUUAAUGGACAAAUUGACUGCAAUGUGAUACUAGCUGGUAUGUUUCAUAAAUGUCUUGUGGACCAAUAUAUAUAUAACAUUUUGUUAUUCUUGUGUUCUUUUAAAUCAAUCUCUUACAAAUUUUUAUUUUAGUCCCAUAAGCAACAGACUCCCACAGAAAGAUUUCUUCAAAAUUUUUUGGUAUUCCAAUGAAUCUGGAAUGUAAACUCUGAAUGUAUUUAUAGCUAUUUAUUUCUGGAUGGUCAUUAUCUUCCAGCCAAAUUUGACAAUAUCUGUUAGGAGUAAAGUUACAGGCUAGUUUUUACUACUUUGUCCUGAGGGAAAAAUCUUUUAGAAAAGUUUUCUGAUUUUUAUUGGAUUUUUGUAUUUUAAAUUUCAAGUAUUUUUCUACAUCAAAUCUAGCAAAGGUGGAGAAGACAGUUUGUGAUUUAUAAUAAACACUAGAAAAUUUCCAGGCUUUUGUUAGACCAAGAAGUUGACAAAGAUGUUAAUCUUAAGGGUAUUGUAGGCCAUGGGGGAAAAUUGGAAAUACAGCAUUUCAGAAAUGGCUAUUUUCUACAGCUAUAGCAUAGAGACUAUGCAAAUGGUCUAGAUUCCUAAUAGCUUACAGGAUGGGGGAAUAGUGACAUUUCAUUCUUUCCAUGUUGCAAUACACUUCAUGUGAGAGAUGUUGACCCUGAGAUAGGAAUAGUGUAAGAUGCAGCACAGGACUUGACUGCAUACUGUAGGAGGCCCUACGAGGGACCAGUGGCCUUCUGACUUCUGUGUGCGCCCUUUAGUAGGAUGUCAAAGAGUGUGUCCUACACAGGUGUCACGAAAACGUUCGUUAGAAGUUGCUGCCGCUUUUUUUAAAAAAAAGAAGAAACAAUAGCUAGGUACGAUUUUUAUCAGCUUUCCUCCUGUCAGUCCUGGAAGCUUGAGUAGAACGAUAUUGUUGAAGCCUUCAGGUCACAAACUGUCUUCUUUAACUUGCCGUCCUUUCUAAACACGCCGAACCCUGCAGUCUAAUCACAUUAGUAAUCCGAUUUGCUGACAGUCCUGCCCUCCUUGCCCGUUUUCCCACAUGUCCUGUGUCCCCACUGGAGUGAUGGCAGCGAGUGGGACAGUGAUGUUUAGGGUCACUGCCGCAUCGUGAUAUGCUGCUGUCCUCGGCAGCAAAUCCCGCAUUUCCUGUGUCCUCUGUGUACUCAGGAUAAAGACUGCUGUCUCCUCUCUGGGCACUGCUGUAAGAUAGGUUUGUCAACGCGGAGUCAUUUUGCAAAGUGGUGCAAGGAAUAUCACUGCUAAUUUUGUGGAUUAAAGAGUCUCGCCCUCUCCUUUCAAUGAACCUAAGUCUCACUGGCAUCUGUAGUCUCACUGGGAGCUUGGGCACACGUGGAAAAGAGAGCCCAGCACAUGGAUUUUAACGUUUUUCUAACAACUGCGGAGAUCUGAGGGGAUGUGUGGUGAAUGUAAAAUACCUAGUUGACUUGGCAGUCUCUCGUGUAAAUUACAGUAAAACAAAGUAAAUGAAAUCUAAACAAAAAAUAAAUUUGAUCACAAAAUGC